AUGGAGGCCGUCGAACUACUACCAAGCGUUAACUCAUCCAUCUUGGAGGCUGAGAGAAUCAACAACAAGGAUCAACAGAGAUCGCAACAGGAAGCUACGCACAAUAAUUAUCUAGAGCUGUCAAAUACCGUGAGCGAGCCAUUUGUUAUCAAUGGCGUUUCGCCAUGUUCGCCAGAAUUUGGUGGCGAAAGAGAGCGCAGAAAUAGUGACGUGAGCGAGCGGGAAAACAGCACCGAACGCAGAUCUGAGGAACGUGUUGCCAGCCAUUGCCGAAGCAGCAAAGAUCAAAUAGCAAUCAAUGAUGUAGUUGAUACUUGGGAUGAAAAUAGCAAGCAGACCAAAUCCGGUGAAAAGACCAGAAAUCGUUGGAACAAUCCAAUGAACAGUGUUGUGGUAGUUUCCUGUCCAUGUGAACCACAGAAUACCAAUUGGGAAGGCAAUACCACCAACGAUGAUAGGUCCCAAUCUGGCCUCAGGAACGAUCUUACCAUUAUUUGCCUCCAAUUGUCUGACAUAUGA